ACAAACGCUCUGGUGCAGCACGCAUUGGGCUGGUGCAUCGUGCCAAGCCUGCCUGCCAUCGUGAGAUUCGUCACCCUCUGCAUCAAAGUCCAUCCCUCGCUUGCCUGUCCACACCCGCCCGCUUGCUCGUGCUCGCUGCAGCGGCCUCCGGUCUGAUCGCCCAAUGUCGCCCGCCAGCGACUCCGCAGAUGCCACGACUGCCGCCGCGACUGGUGCUUCGCCAAAAUCCCAGUCUACCAGCUAUCGUGACUCGGCCCUCGGCGUCUUCGGUCUGCUGCUGGCUGUCCGCGUCGUGAAUGCAUUGACGCUGCGCACCUUCUUCCAGCCCGACGAGUUCUUCCAGUCGCUCGAGCCUGCAUGGCAGCUGGCUUUUGGUGAGUCCAGCAAUGCGUGGAUCACUUGGGAGUGGAGAACGCAGUUGCGGUCGUCCCUGCAUCCUGCGCUAUUUGCAGCCGCCUACCGAGUCGCGGCACACUUAGCAGACCUCUGUGGCGCGAGCCUACCUGUCAAAGCCGAACUACUGCUGUCAACGCCCAAGGUUGUCCAGGCUGUGUCCGCUGCGCUACUCGACUGCUACACUUGGAAACUUGCGGAGAAAGUGUACGGUCGACGCAGUCGCACAGCAUUCGCUACUCUCGCACUAUCUGUAUGCAGCCCGUGGCAGUGGUUCUGCUCAACGCGGACGCUGUCCAAUUGCCUUGAGACCGCUAUCACCUCCGUCGCCGUCUACCACUGGCCUUGGCAUUGGACAGCAUCCAGCAAAUCCCAGGAACAAGGCAAACCAUCCGCUGCAGCCCAAGGCCAUCUCGACUCUAUCUUGCAAUUACGUUCGUCACUGCUCCUGGCGGCUCUUGCGUGCAUACUGCGGCCCACAAACAUCCUCAUCUGGCUACCCAUCUCAGCUCCGACACUAUGGCACGCCCCGAAGAAGAUGCGGUAUAUUCUGAUCCGUGAGAUUAUACUAUGCGGAUCGUUUGUGCUUGGCUGUUCAGUACUGUCUGACAGACUCUACUACGGCACCUGGACUCUCCCUCCCUUGCAGUUCCUAUAUUUCAACAUUGCUCAGUCUCUGGCUGUUUUCUAUGGCAGAAACCGCCCAGAUUACUACUUCACUGAGGGUUUACCGCUGCUGCUGACCACAGCUCUGCCCUUCGCCGUGAUAGGCCUGUGUCAGUCUUUACAACCCCCGACGCCUCCUAACAAUGCACCCCCAAUUAGCCACGGGAUUUUGACCCGCCUAGCAUGGACGAUACUCAUCAUGACCUUCGCGCUGAGCUUGAUCUCGCACAAAGAAGUCCGGUUCCUUUACCCCAUCCUACCCUUCCUGCACGUCAUAUCCGCGCAACCUCUGUCACGCUUCCUUCCAAAACGAGCAUCACUAUCGCGUCAGGCCCUCAUCGGUCUUCUUCUCCUCAUUAAUGUUACAAUCGCCGGCUACGCCUCACAAACCCACCAACGCGGCGUAAUAUCCGUCUUGCAAUAUGUCCGACAUAAGCACGAGGCACGCAACGCGCUCUCCUCCUACUCCUCCACCCCAUCCACGACGCUCAACACGACGGUCGGCUUCCUUAUGCCCUGCCACUCCACACCCUGGCGCUCGCACCUCGUGCACCCCGCCAUCACCGCCUGGGCACUGACAUGUGAGCCGCCCCUCGGCAUCCCCCUGGCCGACCGCACCCACUAUCUCGAUGAGGCCGACGCGUUCUACCUCAACCCAGGCCCUCGGCGCUGGUUGCGCGACAAUAUGGAGGCUGUGGCUACCAUAUCAUCGGCGGGCAGCCGCUCCGCCCAAUUCCUGGCUGCCCAAAAUCCGAAGUUUAGAGCGAAGUAUCGCAGAGCCUGGCCGCAGAAUCUGGUGUUCUUCGAGGCGCUGGAGGAGCAGCUCGGAGAGGUGUUGAGAAAUACGAGGUAUAAGGAGUGUUGGAGGGGGUUCAACAGUCAUUUCCAUGAUGAUGCAAGGAGGGUGGGGGAUGUGGUAGUCUGGUGUCUGGACGAGUGAGGCGUAGAGCACUUGGGUGUACGAUACAUGUAGAGUAAUGACCUCAUUGAGGGCUUC